AUGGUAUUUAAAAAGUACAAUGUCCUCUCAUCACUGCCAUCCAACGCAGACGGUGUGUUGUUCGGUCGUGAUGCAUUCAUACUGAUCAGUACAGCCCUGCUUACAGUGGCAACCUUCUUUCCUGUGUUUGUCGCAGAAUACAAUUUCAUCAGAUCGAUUAAUUGUGCAUCUUAUCCUCAAAUCGGUGAAUGUGAAACACAACUCGAUGUGCAUUACUAUCAACAAGUAAGACGACAACGAAGAGCACCUGGUAUGGCACCAUUCAUUAUUAAUAAUUACCUGAGUGUCAAUUUGAGCCAUCAUUCACAUUUGUAA